AUGGACACCCAGAUCGAGAAGGCAGUGGAAAUAGUAUGGAACCCAACUGGUGAUCAGGCCAUCAAGGCUCAGGCCUUCGACUAUCUUCAACAGCUGCGCUCCGACCCUCAAGCCUGGCAAGCCUGUGUCAGCCUCUUCACCAGGACCCCUCGCGUUUCCGAGAUCGUGCGUCAUGUCUGCCUCGAGUUGAUCAGCAACAGUGUUCACACCCAUGCUCUCGACGGUCAAAGCCUCGUCGUCCUAAAAGAUACACUGCUUGCCUACAUCAAGGAAACAUACGGCACGAACCAGCCCGAGAAGGUCGACUCUACCAACCUGCAAAACAAGAUUACCCAGACCGUCACAUAUCUGUUUGUUACCCUCUACCAGCAGGGCUGGGAGUCUUUCUUCGACGACUUCCUGGCACUCACUGCUCUGCCCGGUAGCGCCACUCACGACAACAUCAUUGGCACCGUUCUCUACUUGCGCAUCCUGAACAAUGUACAUGACGAGAUCGCCGAUCAGGUCGUCAUGCGUCAGGGCAAUGAGGUCAAAAUUCACACCGAGCUCAAGGACUUGGUGAGAGCUCGUGAUGUCGGUAAAAUCGCUCAGUCAUGGCAGGAGCUCCUCGCCGAGCAUGCUGACCAUGAUCAAAUCAUUGUCGAGACAACACUCAAGGUCAUUGGGAAAUGGGUGAGCUGGGUUGACAUUUCUCUGAUUCUCAAUGAUUCCAUGAUGAGCCGCAUAUUUCCCUUGAUUGGUCGCAGCAACCCCAACAGUGGUGAGGACAAGAUUCGCGACGCCGCCGUCGACGCCUUUACUGAAAUAGUAGGCAAGAAGAUGCGGCCUGCCGACAAAGCCAGCAUGAUAUCCUUCCUCAAUCUGCGUGAAAUCAUUUCUCAGCUCAUUUCGAGCCCCCCCUUGAAUGACUUCAAGGGCACCCCACACUAUGAUACGGACUUGGGCGAGGCAGUGGCAAAGCUAGUCAAUACUGUCUUGGCCGACCUUGUACGCGUCCUUGAGGACCGCACAACUGACGAUGACACACGCGCCAAAGCAAGCCAACAGCUACAAGAAUUUCUCCCUCUUCUUCUCCGCUUUUUUAGUGACGAGUAUGAUGAGAUAUGCUCCACUGUUAUCCCUUCGCUCACCGAUGUUCUUACCUAUCUGCGGAAGGUCCCCGACCUCCCUGGCCCUUUCCGCGAAAUGUUGCCUCCUAUUUUGAACGCUAUUAUAAUGAAGAUGAGAUAUGACGAAACUUCUUCAUGGGGUCAUGAGGACGAGCAGACAGACGAGGCUGAGUUCCAGGAAUUAAGGAAACGUUUGCAGCUUCUGCAAAAGAGUGUGGCAGCCGUGGACCAGAACCUUUAUGUGGACGUCCUGAGUAACCUGGUGGCAAACACAUUCCAACGCCUUGACGAGCAAGGCUCCCAGUUAGAUUGGCGGGAUCUGGAUCUGGCCUUGCACGAAAUGUUUCUCUUUGGAGAAUCGGCCAUGCCCUCUCAGGUCCUGGGUGCUAAUAAAAGCCAACCGUUGGCCCCUGCUGCCGAGCGGCUCAUGGCCUUGAUGAACAAGAUGAUACAGUCAGGUGUUGCCAACUUUCCCCAUCCAGCAAUCAUACUCCAAUAUAUGGAGAUCAUUGUUCGAUACUGGAAUUUCUUCGAGAUGGAGGCCAACUCGUCACUCAUAGGACAGGUGCUCGAGAAUUUUGUCCGCUUCGUCCACCACGAGCACGUACGCAUCCGCAGCCGUUCGUGGUAUCUCUUCCACCGGUUUGUGAAACAUCUUCGAGCAUAUGUUGGCAACGUUGCGGAGACCAUCAUUCAAUCAAUUGCUGAUCUUCUGCCCAUCAAGGCUGAGGUACCAGGCGAAGAUGCGGAUGAUGAUAUGUCUUCGGACGAAAUAGACAACUCUGCUGAUGCUGUAUUCACAAGCCAACUGUACUUAUUCGAAGCAAUUGGUUGCAUAUCCUCAACUGCCAGCACGCCUGCCGACAAACAAGCUUUCUACGCUCGAUCUAUCAUAGAUCCCCUCUUCAGGGAUAUGGAACAGCAUCUCCCAAGGGCCAAAUCCGGGGACAUCCAAGCCAUUCUUCAAAUACACCAUAUAAUCAUGGCAUUGGGCACGUUGGCUCAUGGAUUCUCCGACUGGACUCCUGGCUCGACCUCGUCCAACCAACGAGCCCCACCUGAUAAACUGUUGUCUGAAGAAUUUGCCCGAGCUGCUGAGGCCAUCUUGAUUGCCCUAAGCCAGCUGAAUGGCUCCGCAGAGAUUCGCACUGCGUGCAGGUCCGCAUUUUCCCGCCUCUUGGGUGUUCUGGGAGCGGCUGUCCUUCCCCAGCUGCCUCAAUGGAUCGAAGGCCUCUUAUCGCAAAGCUCUUCCAAAGACGAAAUGGCCAUGUUCCUUCGUCUUUUGGAUCAAGUCGUGUACGGCUUUAAGACUGAGAUAUACGAUGUCCUGAACCUCCUACUAACUCCAUUACUCCAACGAGUCUUUGGCGGGUUGUCCGAACCCAUGGAUGGUACCGACGAUGAGAUACAGCUUGCAGAACUGCGCCGUGAAUAUUUAAGCUUCAUUGGGGUAAUUCUCAACAACGACCUUGGUGGUGUACUCGUAUCCGAGGCAAAUCAGGUAUUCUUUGACUCCUUGAUCACAUCCAUCCUAAACAUGGCUACGGAUAUCAGUUCUGGUAACCUACCAGCGAGCCGUCUUGCUUUUGGGAUUUUAUCAAAAAUGGCUGGAGUUUGGGGAGGCCCAGACGUUGCGAACAUAGCAGCCAACCCUUCUGCCCCGACCGGGUCUCCGUCCCCCGCCAUUCCGGGUUUCGAUCAGUUCCUCCUUGACAGGUUUCACUCGGUCUGCUGGGAGGUUAUGAGAGAUCCGCAGUUCAGACCGUCACAGGACGCUCAAAGCAAGCAAGUCCUCAAUGAGAUUGCAGGACUUGAGCAAGCAGUCUACGUCAAGACCGGCGAACUCUUUAUCCAGCAUUUGCAAAACUCCUUGUUUCCAGGGUUGGGCAUUGAUGGGAACGACUUCCUCCGGCCGAUGACCACCUCAACAGAUCGACGGGCGUUCUCUAAAUAUUUGCAGGAUCUACAGAAGACAUUCAGGUGA